UGCUGGCUCGUGAUUGGCCCUCACAACACGGAGGGGGGUCGCCGUUUCUCCCUCGUGAUUGGUGGAUGGCAGCGCGAGACUCCGAGAGAGUGCGAGGAGAGCGCGGGGGGAGAGUGCGAGGAGCGUGCGAGGAGCGCGAGUCCCAGGCCUCGAGCGGGAGAGGGGUGGUGGGGGGGGGGCGACCCCCACAGAGUUCCGGCCUCGCGGCUGCAGAAGCGACCGGGAGGGGAUAGCGGCCCCCGCGUCUCUCGCUUCCCCGGGGCAAGCACAGGUCUCACAAUAACCCAUAGGUCUCGCGCGGAGCAGAGCAACGGCGGUCCAUCUCCGGCGGGGCAGCUCCCCCUUUCCUCUGUGGUGCUGCUGCUGCCGCCACCCCCACCGGCGGCGCCUCCCCCACGACCGCGACCAUGUGGCACGAGGCGCGCAAGCAGGAGCGCAAGCUGCGUGGCAUGAUGGUGGACUACAAGAAGCGCGUCGAGCGCCGGCGCGAGUACUACGAGAAGAUCAAAAAAGACCCGGCACAGUUCCUGCAGGUGCAUGGCCGGUCCUACAGGGUGAACCUGGAUCCAGCUGUGGCCGUGGCGGCAGAGAGCCCGGUGAACAUGAUGCCCUGGCAGGGAGACUCAAACAACAUGAUUGACAGGUUCGACGUGAGAGCUCACCUGGACUUCAUCCCCGAGUUCAAGGGCCUGGCUGCCGGUGACAGCGUCUGGGAGGAUGGGGAUGAGCGCCGGUGCAACUACGAGCGCUACCGCUGCCUCGUGCAGAAUGAGUUCGCGGGAAUCUCGGAGGAGCAGUGCCUCUACCAGAUCUACAUGGAUGAGCUGUACGGCACGGCCACCAACCCCCGCAUCCUGGAGGAGGAGAAGAAAAAGCUGGCGGAGAAGCGCGCAACCAUCGGCUACACUUACGAGGAUUCCUCCCCGGUGGUCGCCCCCGAUGACGCCAUCCCCUCCUCCUCCUCCACGGCCACCGCCGCCGCCGCCUCCUCGUCCCACGGCAACAACAACAACAACAGCAGCAGCAGCAGCCACGGCCCCGGAGCGCGCGGAGCGGAAGAGCACGGGGAGGGAGCUGAUAAAGAUGGUGGCGGCAACGAGGAGAAGGAGGACGACGACGACGAAGAGGAGGAGGAAGAGGAGGACGAGGAGGGGGCCGGGGACAAUGGUGGCGAUGGAGACAGCAGCAGCAGCGAGUCCGACGGAACCAUCCCCGACAUCGACGUGGAGGUGGACAUCGAUGAGCUGAACGCCGAGCAGAUCGCCGAGAUGAACAAAUGCGCCACCAACUACGGCAUGAGUGACGCCGACUACGUCCGGAUGCUCCGGAAGGACAAGGAUGAAAUUGAGGCCAUUAAGUACGCGAAGGCCCUCGAAGAGGAGAAGUCUAUGUACUCGGGCCGGAAGUCGCGCCGUCAGCGACGCGAGUUCCGGGAGAAACGGCUGAAGGAGAGGAAGAUUAGCCCUCCCAGCUACGCGAGGAGGGACAGCCCGACCUAUGACCCCUACAAAAGGUCGCGCUCGCGCAGCAGCUCGAGCUCGCGCUCGUGCUGCGCGUCGCGCGACCGUCUCGGCCAGAUCACCUUCAUCACCAGUUUCGGGGGAAGCGACGACGAGGGGGCCAGCGGGGCAGCCGCGGCCUCCGGCGCCACGGCGGGGGGCGCCGUCGCCGGGAAGGGCGCCGCCGCCGCCGCCGCCGCCGCCGCGACUUCGUCGGCGACAGCCAGGGCCGGGGAUCGAACCCACGCCGGGGGGACGCACAGACGCGCCAGUGGAGGGUCGGCGGCGGGGGGCGCCGCCGCAGCGUCGCGCUCCGGCAAGGCCAACGCCCCAGCGCUAAGUGAUAGCGCCGCGUCCCGGAGACGGCGCUCGCGCUCCUCGUCGAGCCGGAGGUCGCGCUCGCGCUCGCGCCGCCACUGGCGCCGCCCAGCACCGCGGCGCAACCGCUCCCCCUACUCAUCACACGAGCGGCGCAACCGCUCCCCCUACUCCUCGCGGUCGCGCGCUCCGCGACGCUCUCGCUCCCACUCCUCCGACCGGUUCCGUCGGCAGGGCCGCCGGGCCCACAGCCGCACCCGGAGCCGGACCAGGACCCGGACUCGCAGCCGCAGCCGGAGCCGCAGCCGGAGCCGCAGCCGGAGCCGGACUCGCAGCCGGAGCCGCACUCCUCGGACACGCAGCCGGAGCCGGACUCCUCGGACUCGCAGCCGGAGCCGAUCACGAAGCCGGAACCGGAAUCGGGGAAGGGGCCAGAUGAGCUGCGGCCGUGGCCGGGGAAGUGGGCGCAGUCGCUCCCCGCGCAGCCGGUCCCCCUGCUCCCCCGCCCGGCCCCCGCGCGCCACGGCGCUCAAGCUCAGGGCCCCCCCCCCGGCCUCAGGGGUGGGGGGGGGAGCGGUCAUGGCUGUGGGGGGGGCGGCAGCAGCUGCUGCUGCUGCUGCUGCUGCUGCCGGAAUCUCCACCGUGGCGGCCUCCUCCUCGUCGGGCUUCUCCGGGAACCCGGGCGGCACGGCUGAGGUCGUUGGGCCCAGACUUAAAAAGCCGGACACACCGACUGGUAGAGAAACUGGAGCUGCCAAACCCAAGAUGACCCCGCGGGAGAGGCUGAAGAUCAAGAUGCAGAAGGCUCUCAACAAGCAAUAUAAAGCCGAUAAGAAGGCCGCACAUCACAAACAGGCACAGCAAGCCCAGGAGAGAGAGGAGCGCGAGCAUGAGCUGAGGGCGCUGGCUCGACGAAUGCGACAAAAGGAGAGGGAGAAGGACCGCGAUGAGUGGGACGAUGAUCGGCACGACUACCGGGAGCGUCGAAGCCGCUCGAGCAGCCCCAAACAUGGUCGAGACUACGGCUCCUCCUCCUACAAGUCUAGGAAGUCUCGGUCACGGAGCCGCUCUCUGUCACGCUCGCGCUCCCGCUCGCGAUCACGGAGCCUCCACCGCUACAGCCGCCACUAGGGAAAGACACGCGGAGUCGCCGGGGCGACGAGGUCCUCGGGAUCACCAUGGCGAUGAGGCCUUCGAGGCCGCUGCGGCAACGAGGCCUUCGCUGUCACCGUGGCUAUGAGGCCCUCGCAGUCAUCCUGGCGACAAGGCCCUCGGGGUCAUCGUUGCACGAGGCCCUGGCUGUCACCUUGGCGACGAGGGCUCACGGUUACUGUGGCGACGAAGUCCUCGGGGUGACCCCAGCGACGAGGCCCUCGGGGUCACUGCUGCGGCGAGGUUCUCGCGAUCACCGUGGCGAUGAGGCCUCUAGAGUGACUGCAUGGCGGCAACGAGACCUCGGGGUGACCAUGGCGACGAGGCCUUGGGGCGACCGCAGCGACGCGAUCUCGGAAUAAUCGCGGCAACGAUGUACCACAGCUACCUGGCCCUCGGGGUAACCGCGGCGACGAGGCCUCGGGGUAACCACGGUGGCGAGGCCUCGGGGUUACCAUGGCAAUGAGGCCUCGAGUUACCACAGCUACCUGGCCCUCGGGGUAACCGCGGCGACGAGGCCUCGGGGUAACCGCGGUGUAUGAGUAACUGCAAUGCUUUGAUGGGGGGGGCGGGGGGGGGGGCACUGGCGGGGUGGUAACCGUGCCCCAAUUGUAAGCGCUCACCUUGGUGUAACGAUGGCCACAAACACCCUCUCGCCGCACAGCCAGACACGCUCACUUAUCCACCCACCCACUCACUCACCAACCCACCUGCUCGCUCACCUGACAACUCAAACCACUCAAUCACCCAUCAGUUCACCUGCUCACUUGCCCACCUGCCAUCUCACUCGACCGCUCGCCAACUCGCCCACCUACCAACCUGCCUGCCUCUUUAGAACAUUGCUCACCACUGGUGUUAGCCGUGGCGAGCUAUUGGAAUUUGCCUCACCGGUUUCACAUCACGGUGCGCUGACCACUGUGCCACCGCUCCACCUCAACGCGUCUCGCCCCCCUCUCUCCCAUCCAGGGUUAUUACACUCGGUCCCCUCGCCUUCCCACGCACACAUGCAAAGACAAAGAUCCCCCCGUAUAGCCAUGACAGACUGUUUGGACAAGUGCUGUUCGUAAGAACCUAUGAAGGCCAGCAUGGCAUAUGACGGGUGGGUGGCCAUCACCACGCCCGGCCGCCUUUGUCUCCCCAGUGACGAUUACACACCGCACCAGGUACUCAUUUUUGAGGCUGUCGAGCUCGGGGAGGCCCAGGAUCGGUUCAGAUGCUCGUCACUGUUGUGGGAGGCCGUGUCGCUGGGUUCCUCGUGCCGCUACCGCUCCCCGAUCGACACGCACACUGACACUGACACACACACACUGACACACGCACUGACACACGCACUGACACACGCACUGACACACGCACUGACACACGCGUUGUCACCCCUCGCCCCGUGUUGCCCAGGGCACGAUUUCUAUUGGCGGCAGCGGUGGUGUCCUCGGCAAUGCGGCGGUGUCGGUCCGAUAUUUAAAACGUAACCGGGCCAGGCAACGUUGGGUUCUGGUUUGAAUUUUUUUAUGGUGGCCAAGCGGCUUUUGUAUUCGAGGCUGUGCUGCUUUUUUUUAUUGGAAGCGAGCUCGAGCGGAGCCAAGCAGGUGAGCGAGUGAGAGAGCGGGUGAGGGGUGAGUGCGUGAGCGAGUGAGCACGUGCCUAAGUGGAAUAGAGGGUGAGCGAGUGGGCGUGUGCCUGAGUGGGUGAGCAGGUGAGCGAGUGGAUUGGCCAUUGGGUGAGUGAAUUGUGCAAAAAGUCCAUGAGUGAGUGGGUGAGCCGGUAAGUGCGUGAAUGGGUAAGAGAAUGAGUGCGUGCUUGAGCGAGUGGAUGACCGAAUGGGUGAGUGAAUGAGCGAAUGUGUGAGUGAGCGGGUGGGUAAGAGCCAAUUAGUGCGUGUGAAUGGGCAAGCGAAUGAGAGCGAGUGAGUGAGUGGGUGAGUGAGUUGGUGGGUGAGUGAGUUGGUGAGUGGGUGAGUGAGUGAGUGAGUUGGUGGGUGAGUGAGUGGGUGGGUGAGUUAGUGGGUGGGUGGGUGAGUCCGUGCUCGCUCUUGCUGUGUGGCUGCAUUCUCCGCGUUCGCGCAGCCUCGGCCCGAUUGAGCGGAUCAUUCCGCCCCCCCCCUGCCCCACUAUCCCCGUGUCGUGUGUGCCACACGGAGUUCUGUUGGAGUCUGCACGCGCCACGCUUGUGUGUGAACCUCUCAUUUGUUUCUCCUGCGGGGGUGUGGGUGGGUUUGGUUGGACUCGACAAUUCACUACUGACGGCGGGGAUUGGGGGGGGGGGAUCGACUAUUCACACUGCAGGGCUGGGGGGGGGCAAUCUUCUGUUGGACUCGACUUGUGGCACGGAAAUUAAAGCAGCGUGAGUUCUGUUCAA